UCACAUGACUAUGUGUUAUUAAUGGACCUGCUGCUGGCUCAGAGGUCGGGGAGUAGAUGCUGCUGCGUGUGGGAACGGGGAUCCACAGCUGCUUCAAGAUGCCUGGGAAAAGCUCUCCGGGAAGAAGGCCGCUAAGAUCUGAAAAUCUAGCAUUAGGGCUCAGUGUUAUUCUUAUGGGCGUUUCAGCUUGUUAUGCAGUUCCCUCUUAUGUGAAAGGGUCUGACCCUUCAAAGUGCACUGUGGACCCUGGCAGUCGGUUUGACUGUGCACCAGAGAAAGGUGUAAAUAAAGAAGAAUGCGAGGCUCGGGGGUGCUGUUAUUCUCCUGCAGCAGAUGGCCCAGGCAUUGGACAACCCUGGUGCUUUUACCCACCCACCUACCCCAGCUAUAAGAUGUCCAACAAAACCGAGACAGAAAAUGGUUUUAUUGCCACGCUCAUACGAAGCGUGAAGACCUUCAUGCCCACUGAUAUAAUGACCUUACAGCUGGAAGUUUCAUUUCAGACUGAUUCAAGACUGCGUAUUACUAUAAAGGACCCAGCUCAGAAACGCUAUGAGGUUCCAAUAGCCACACCUUGUACCAAAGGGAAGGCAGCCAAUGCUCUCUAUGAUGUCCAAACCACUACAGAGUCCUUCAGCAUACUGGUCAGAAGAAAGUCCAGUUUACAGAUCCUGAUGAACACGGCCCUGGCUCCCCUGCUGUUUGCAGAUCAGUUCAUACAGAUUUCCACAUCCCUCCCUUCCCAGUAUUUGUAUGGUCUGGGGGAGCAUCUCACGUCCAUCAACCUAGACCUCAAUUGGAGCCGUCUCACGUUCUGGAACAGAGACAUCUCACCAGAGACAAAUGCAAACCUCUAUGGUUCUCAUCCAUUCUAUCUGGCUUUGGAAAAAGAUGGUUCAGCUCAUGGGGUGUUCUUGCUCAACAGUAAUGCCAUGGAUGUUCUUCUGCAGCCAGCUCCAGCCCUGACCUGGAGAACUACAGGAGGAAUCCUGGACUUCUAUAUGUUCCUGGGCCCAGACCCCAAGGCAGUGAUUCGCCAGUAUCAGGAAGCGAUUGGGCUUCCCUUCAUGCCGCCCUUUUGGGGCCUGGGCUUCCACUUAUGCCGCUGGGGUUACUCCACGUCUGACAUUACGCGGGAAGUGGUGAGAAAUAUGAGUAAAGCCAGUAUACCUUUGGAUGUACAAUGGAAUGACAUUGACUACAUGGAUGAAUAUCGAGACUUUACAUAUGACAAAACACGUUUCAGAGAUUAUCCAGAGAUGGUUAAAGAAUUCCAUGCGCAAGGUCUAAAAUACAUUAUGAUUGUGGACCCAGCAAUAAGCAGCUCCAGCCCCCCUGGAAGUUACCCGCCUUAUGAUGAGGGAUUAAAGAGAAGAGUUUUCAUUACUAAUGAGACGGGCCAACCUCUUGUGGGCAAGGUUUGGCCAGGCCUUACUGUCUUCCCCGACUUUACAAACCCUGACACAUUUAGCUGGUGGCAUGAUAUGGUGAAGAAUUUCUAUGACCAGGUGCCUUUUGAUGGAAUGUGGAUAGACAUGAAUGAGCCGUCUAACUUUGUCCUGGGUUCAGUAGAUAACUGUCCAGACAACAAACUAGAAAAACCCCCAUAUGUCCCAGCUGUAAUAGGAGGUGCGCUGCAGCACGCUACCAUCUGUGCUUCCAGCAAGCAGCAUGUCUCCACACACUACAACCUGCACAACUUGUAUGGACUCUCUGAGGCAAUAGCUUCCCACAAUGCUUUGGUGAAAAUCCGGGGAAAGCGUCCUUUUAUUAUCUCACGAUCGACAUUUGCCAGCCAUGGCCACUAUGCAGGGCACUGGACGGGUGAUGUAGCCAGCACUUGGGAGCAGCUGUACUACUCAGUGCCAGCUAUGUUACUUUUCAACAUGUAUGGUAUCCCACUGGUGGGGGCAGACAUUUGUGGAUUUGUUGGAAACACCACAGAGGAGAUGUGUGUACGAUGGAGUCAACUUGGUGCUUUUUAUCCAUUCAUGAGAAACCACAACAAUCGUGAUGCCCGGCCACAGGAACCAUAUGUUUUCAGCAAGGAAUCUCAGGCAGCUAUGAAGAAUGCAUUGCACAUACGAUACUCGCUGCUUCCUUAUCUGUACACAUUGUUUUAUAAAGCCCACAACUUAGGGGAGACUGUGGCUCGUGCUCUCUUUCUGGAGUUCCCCACUGACCAAAAUACAUGGACAAUUGACCGGCAAUUCCUUUGGGGAGAUGGUCUACUGAUUACCCCAGUCCUUGAGCAAGGAAAAACUGAAGUCAAUGGGUACUUUCCUCUCGGGACAUGGUAUUCACUUCAGACGGGUUCACAAAUUAAAAGUAAGGGUCAGUGGAUCACGCUUCCAGCACCAAUGGAUACUAUUAAUGUUCACAUUCGCGGUGGCAGCAUUCUGCCCAGACUGGUGCCAGGUAUGACUACACAGGAAACCCGCAACAAUAGUCUGACACUGGUGGUGGCACUUACGGAUCAGGGAUUUGCCCGGGGAGAUCUAUUUUGGGAUGAUGGAGACAGUUUGGAAACCAUUGAAAGGAGAGAUUAUACUCAACUGAUGUUCAUUGCUACAAAUAAUGCACUGCUGAGCGAGGUGUUGCACGUGAACUGCCAAGCAGACAGCCUAAAGCUGGAAUCAGUGGAAGUGUACGGGGUGCUCAGUCUUCCCACCAAAGUGCUGGUUAACCAGGUGGCCACUGAAGAUUUCACAUACAAAGCAGAUACCAAGGUUCUCUCAGUAUCGAAGCUCCAUCUACCUAUAGGAAUCCAGUUUACAAUCACAUGGUCUUGAUGCUGCAGUUUACAGACUGGGAUCUUUUAUUGCUGAAGCUGCUAAAUAUAUGGUACCAUAGAGGGAAACGCAUUGAAAUGUGGGACAUUCUAAAUUUGGGCAUUUUUAUUAUCAAGAUGAUGUGCAAUAAUACCAGAAAAUCAUGUAUAUGCAAUUAUUGCGUGAUUUACAGUUCUGACUUCUGUUAUUGUCAUUUGCAGUUCAGGGUAAUAUUUGCUGCUGGAAAUACACUGGAAACUUUGCUGCCUACAAACAUUGUAAGAUAUCUAAAUUUCUGUUUUUGUAAAAAUAUUAUUACCCUUUUGCCCAAAAAUUUCCUUUGGGUCUGCACAUUGCACAGGACUGCGUAUACUCCAUGUCCUUUUACUGUUCUUUUAAUAAACUUACAAGAAAAUCUUU